GUUGAAUCGACUUUGGUUUUAGGACGACAGCGCGACGCCAUCCUUGUUCCACUCUCCACUCAUCCCACCUGCUGCAACAUGUCCACCGCAGUCCUCAUCUUUGGCGACAGCCCAUUCAGCGAGAGCGUCGCGCAAAAGGCCACGGCAAAGGGCGCGACCGUCUACUACGCCACGCCAGUCGCGCCGGCGUCGUUCAAGAACAUUACCGUGCUCACCACGUCGUUCAAGUCGCACGACUCGAUCAACCAGGCGUUCGCGACCGUCUUUGACGCAAAGCACACGCGCAUCAGCAUCGUCGCGGCCUUCGUCCCGCCCCCGCCCAGCCCCGGUAUCCCGGGCGCCGACCAGGCCGCGCUCGACGCCGUCGUCGACCCCCUCAUCCGUGCCACCAAGGUCGCGCUGUGGUACUUCCGCCGGUAUGACAAGAUCGCCCGUCGCCAGGUCUUCCUCGGCAUUGAUGGCAAGGACCCCAUGACCAAGGCCGCGCGCGGCUCGGUUCUCGGCCUGUUCCGCUCCCAGCUCGAGCGGUUCGAGGUCAUCGACGUCCUGUCCGACUUUGUCGAGGUCGAGGACCUAUCGCAGACCAACGCGCAGGUGGCGGCCGACACGGUCGUGCGCGCCGCCACGGACAGCUCACUGAAGGAUGCGCAUGUGUGGACGGUGCGCGGCGGCGUCGCGACCCAGAAGAACCGCGAGGUCGGCAUGGUCCUCGGGUCGCAGUACACGCUGCUCCAGGCCCGCUUCAAGCGCAUCCUCCGCUCGCAGGAGCGCAUUACGCGCCUCAAGAACCUCUCCGAGGGCAAGGGCGCCAGCUUCCCCUACAUCCUCUUUUUUGCCCCCAUCCGCCUCCUCGUCUGGCUCGUGUCCGUCAUCCACGGCGUUGGAAACAACAAGGCGCCCGUCGCCAGGAAGCUCAAGCAGUAGUCACCUUUGUACCUGUCCUAUACCGUUGUCCAUG